AUGGCUUCGCUCGUCGCCGGUCUGUUUGUGCCAUCUGCAGCUGGAAGAGGCAGUGCUGGUGGAGGGGUUGGAGAUCACUUUUGCUGUUCCCAGCGGCGGCCAUCACCUCCAAGAGAGCACCACUUCGCGUCUGUACUCACGUCGAAGGUGCAUCGGUAUUGCGACGCUUUGAAGGCGAGGCGAGAACAUCUUGCUGCCGUGGACUGCUUCUUCCGUGAGCUUAUCGCAAGCCAGUGGCGGAUAGAGGCGAUCGAGACUCAGCAGCGGGCGUUGCAGGCCGAAGUGACAGAGGAUCCUUCAGCAAUCGCCAGUGCAGAAGUUCCCCCGUCAGAAGAUGCGAGACAGAGAUGGCAGAUUUCUGCAAAGUCGUGCCUGGCGGAGCUAGUGGCACAGAAAGAUGCCGCCGUGGCAGCACUGGAAGAGAGGGCCAGCCACUACGCACUGGCCGCCGCGGGAGCUGACAGGGACGGCGGAAGAAGGCUCUGCCGUUUCGCUGCGGGCGAUGCCGAGCGCCAGAGCGCUUUGCAGGGCUACCGCCGCCUGGCCAACGAGGUUUGCUCUGAAGCCUGUGCGGAGAUGAGCGGGCUUCUAGAGGCACCGCUCGACGAGGCCUGGCUGGUAAGUCUCCUGAAGUCACUGGAGCGGCGGCUGCACUUCUGGACUUCGGAGCUCGAGGAGAUCUGGGCACUCUGGCACGAUGCCACCGCGCGAAUGCACAAUGCCGGCCAGGAUGCGAUGGCCGCCUGGAGGGAGAUUGCGGAAGUCCUCGAGUCUGUUUGCCAACACUUCGAGACCCACGGGCACGAGCUGGUCAAAAAGCCCGAGCUGCAGAGUGCACUGGUGACCUUCGCGGCGAGGAGUUUAGAGGUGGAGCUGGUCAACUCUCUUGGUCUCAGUGGCUUGUAUGGAGGGGAGGUGUCGAGUGCGAAGCAGGAUCAGUUCUGCACGGAGAGCCGCUUGAAUAUGCUUACGGCAGUUCUGGACCUUUUGUCUCAUUUGGGCUCCCUGGAUCGGGUUGGUGAAGAAAUCUUGUCAUCGAGCUCAGUCACAGCCCCACAGCAAGAAAGUGCUGUGAUGCCGACACCAACCAGUCGAGCCGCUGUCCGGUUGGCCAGCAAGCUGGAGCUUUGCCCACGGGCCAAGUCGGCUUCGGAGAUCGCUGCGAAACCGCUGCGUGCAGCGGAAGAGUACUCGGAAAGUCCAUCCCUGCGCGGCGGUCCUCCGGGCACUUCCUUGGAAUCCUUGCCGUCUGCCGCAGCUGCUGUCUGCUGGGCCACUGCAGCACAGGUCACGGCCUUGCGAGCCGUAGCAUCUGCGGAGGAUCUACAAGCGCUGGGUAAUGGGAGUCGAAGUGCAGCAGUACUUCUGCCAUGGCUCAUCGAAAGCAUUGUCGAGGCUGUUUGCACUGCAGCCACAACACCGGAGCCGGAGAGGUCAUUUUUCGCCAUUUGGCCCGCUCCUGGGCAGAAGAUGACGGUGGCUGCCCUUAUUCAAAGCUGCAGCGUGCUCGGCAACGACGACUUCGCAGAGGCCGUGAAAAGAGCAGCCGAGCGACGGCUGCAUCGACGGGAGAAUCCUGCUGGAGAUGUGGAGGAAGCUGAGGAGGCGUGCGGCCUGGGCAAGACCAGGUCUUUGCAGCAGGUGACGCGCGGCCUCUCUUCCAGCUGUGCCCGCCUUCUGGAUCUAGACACCUUGUCGGAGGAGGACUGCGAGCUUUCUCCGAAAAGGUGUCAGAAUCUAGAGCGAAACACGCCGCAACAGCGAGGGGCGUAG